AUGACGACAAAGAGGAAAGCUAAGACAUCAGUGCCAAGGGGAGCAAAGGCAGCGAGAACCUCAUACCUCUCAACACCUAGAGUCCCAAUCUCUGCCACCGUUGACAAUGACAACAAGACCAACACGGAUCCGGAUAAGGACGAUUCGCCGGUUGACGAACUUUUAGAGCGCGAUAUCAACAAAAACAUAGAUUUGUUUUCGCUCAACCGACACCAGAAGAAGCAUGCUAUUUCGAAGCCACUCUCGCAUAUUUUCGGAAACAAAGACUUUUCGUAUCUCACCCUCAAGAGAGAUCAUCAAAACAGGCCGCUCUGGAUCGACCCAAAGAAGGGUAGGAUCAUCCUGGAGAGCUACAAUCCACUCGCAGAACAAGCCCAGGACUUCCUCACCACCGUUGCCGAGCCCUUGUCGCGGCCGACCCUUGUACAUGAGUAUGCCCUCACAACGCAUAGCCUGUAUGCUGCUGUCUCUGUUGGCCUUUCCCCAAAUGACAUUAUAGGGACACUUGACCGAUUUCUCAAGACGGAACUACCGGACGAAAUCAGAGCCUUUAUCAACAGCUGCACGCAGAGCUACGGAAAGAUCAAGCUGGUCUUGAAGAACACCAAGUACUAUGUGGAGAGCCCAGACCCGAACAUGCUGCAGAUGUUGCUCAAGAACCCAAAGAUUGGACCUCUUCGAGUACAGGGAACAGAAGAAAUCACCACAUCUGCGGCGCCUAAGGUUGGAAGCCUUGCCAUUCCAGGGACCAAGGACGCAGAGGGAGUCAAGCAAGCAAACGGAGAGCAGCCGCAAGCCAGUGAACUUGGACGAGAAGACAACGCCCUCACCAAAUUGACCGAGGAUGACGACGAAGACGAAGAAGUGACCCAUUCGUUCGAGAUCCCAGACAGCAAUGUUGAAACAGUACAAAAGGAGUGUCUUAACCUCGGGUAUCCGGUUCUCGAGGAAUACGACUUCCGGAGAGACGAAGCCAACGCAACCCUCGAUAUCGACCUGAAGCCCGGCACACAGAUUCGCCCGUACCAAGAAAAGAGCCUCAGCAAAAUGUUCGGUAAUGGCCGAGCCAAGAGUGGUCUAAUCGUCCUGCCCUGUGGUGCUGGCAAGACCCUUGUGGGAAUUACAGCUGCCUGUACUAUAAAAAAAGGCAUUGUUGUCCUUUGCACCAGCUCUAUGUCUGUGGUUCAAUGGAGGCAGGAGUUUUUGAAAUGGUCAAACAUCAAUCCAGAUGAUAUCGUCGCCUUUACGUCGGACUCAAAAAGGGGUUCGAUGUUUACUGGAAGCACCGGAAUUAUUAUCACCACUUAUUCGAUGAUUACCCAGUCAAAAACCCGGUCUCACGACGCUGACAAGAUGAUGAGAUUUCUGACCGGCCGCGAGUGGGGUCUGAUGCUUCUUGAUGAGGUCCAUGUGGUGCCAGCCAAUAUCUUCCGCAAGGUCACAUCGACGAUUAAAACACACUCAAAGCUAGGACUUACAGCCACACUUCUUCGGGAAGAUGAUAAGAUCUCAGACCUCAAUUUCUUAAUUGGGCCGAAGCUGUUCGAGGCCAAUUGGAUGGAGCUGUCUAAGCAGGGUUACAUUGCGAAGGUUCAAUGUGCCGAGGUCUGGUGCCCGAUGCCGACAGCCUUUUAUGACGAGUACCUCAAGGCGCCCUCUCGCAAGAAGAACUUGUUGUAUAUUAUGAACCCUCGCAAGUUCCAGGCCUGUCAGUACCUCAUCAAUUAUCACGAGUCCAGGCGCGAUAAGAUUAUCGUCUUUUCGGAUAACGUUUACGCUCUUAAAGCCUAUGCGUUAAAGCUCGGAAAGGCCUUCAUUUAUGGGGGCACAAGCCAAGAGGAAAGACUACGGGUUCUCGAAAAUUUUCAGCAUAACCCUCUAGUCAAUACACUGUUUCUGUCGAAAAUUGGAGACACAUCCCUUGACCUACCCGAGGCUACAUGCCUCAUCCAAAUCUCCUCCCACUACGGAUCACGCCGCCAGGAGGCUCAACGAUUAGGGCGAAUCCUCCGAGCCAAGCGCCGAAAUGAUGAGGGUUUCAACGCAUUUUUCUAUUCUUUGGUGUCAAAAGAUACACAAGAAAUGUACUUUUCUUCGAAGCGACAGGCUUUCCUCGUGGACCAAGGCUAUGCUUUCAAAGUCAUCACGCAGCUCGCGAAUGCAGAAAAUCUACCCGACCUCGCAUUUGCCACGAAGGCUGAGCAACGUGAGCUGCUGCAGAAAUUAUUGGUAGAGAAUGAGACGGUGGAUGAGGACACCACGGACGACCUGUUUCACAGUGGCACGAUCGGCGGCCGGGAGAGAAAGCUGGCAGUUGCGCGCCGGACUGCUGGAACACUCAAAGACCUGAGUGGUGGCCAAGACAUGGCGUACAUUGAACAGAACAAGCGAGCGGCGGGCCAAAAGAAGACGACCAAUGCGACCACCAAGAAGAAGAAGGCAGAGAGCAACCCAUUCUUCAAGAAGAUUAACCGGGAAAACGCAAGACGAGCGGCUAGAAGAUGA